AUGACAAAGAAAAAUGUUUGGAACGACUGUUUUUCAGAACAGAACAUUCCUAUUGAUUUAUCAAAACGUUCUAAAAGAUUUACUGCAGGUGCUAAUGAACAUGUAAGGGUUCUGAAUUUGCGCAACAAUAAAGAGAAAUGUGAAAAUCUUAACCAGAUGACGACCAACGCAUUCAAGACUCAGAAGAUGAAAAAAACCUAUAAAUGCUUUCAUGCUCUACAGGAAACACAAAUCAGUCCAGUAUCGGGGAAGGCGUGCACAGAUGUGUGGGAUAAUAAAACGUCAAUUAAACGUCAAUAUCAAACUGGAUCAAAUAAUAAUAAUAAUGAAGCACACGAGAAUGCAAACUAA